UGUCCAUAUCCGAACAACGUAACGCAAGUCAACUUAAAACAUAACUAUCCAUUCACGGAUCCUGGUUCAGCAAACAAGAUGACAGAUAGUGGCAGCUUCAUUCGAAUUCCAAAUAACGAAGAGGAAGAAAGUAUGCGGAAAGCGGCAGAGGAUUCUCAGAAAAGGCGAGAAGCAGCAAGGAAGAAACGAGAGCUGGAGGAGGCAAUGAGGAAAGCAGGAGAGAGCUCUCAACAGCGCCGGGGGGGUGGAGGUGCCACUCCCAAGACCUAGGAUCUAUCAGCAAGAACGCUAUGAAAGUAUCAAUACAAUCGUUGUGGGAAUGAACUUCGAUAGUCGAAGAAAGGGAAUACAUCCUCUUGAGACGUUGCAAUGGAAAUUGAGGGCUGGUAACAAUUCGUUCCUUCCGUGGUCGUCGAUGGAUCACAACCAAGACCUGUUGCAUAGAGAUUACAUAGCUCAAUUUGAAGCAUUGCAACUAUGAA